AUGAAGGAUGCUACAACGCCGUUUCCUCUCCUCUGUAAUCUUCUUCAGAUAGGCUGUUGCAUCCCCAAUUCCCCAUGCCCUAUUCCACCAUUGAAUGGUAUUGAAGAUUUGGCUAGCCUAUCUAAGAAGAUUGUUGAAACCAAGAAAAAUAAAGUUUUUCCGUUGGUUUAUCGUCGGAUUGAGUUGGUAUUGAUCUUACCUGUAGCGACUGCAGCUGUUGAAAGAGUAUUUUCAGCAAUGAAAUUUGUCAAGACUGACUUGCGGAAUAGGAUUGGAGAUGAGUGGUUGAAUGACACUUUGGUAGUAUACAAUGAAAGAUCCAUCUUUGCUAGUGUUUCUAAUGAAAGAAUCUUGAAACGUUUUCAAGAUAUGGAUACCCGUAGGAAUCAGUUGUCUCGGUUAACAAAUGCUAUAGCUACUUGA